GAAAAAAGUUUCAAUCAACUUUCCUCAUUUGCAUCAUUGCUUUAUUCAACUUUCAAAAAAACUAACAAAAGCAAACUUCAAAAAAGAAAAAGAUAGUAUUUUUUUUGCUCAACUUCUCAAGGUAUUUCUUUGUUCUGUUAAGAAGAGUUCUGUGUGAGCGUAGAACCGUACAACGUACAAAAUGGAAGGUUCCGAAGGAAGUAAUCCGUAUAGGAAUGUAGUGGAGAGACUGGACAGCAAUAGUAAUGGAUUUAUUGGUGCUGUUGUAAUAGCGAUUAUAAUACCUUUAUUCCUCUCCGUUGUGCUUAUGGGGAAGAAAAAGUCGAAACAGAGAGGAGUUCCGGUUAAAGUUGGUGGUGAGACAGGUCUUGCAAUGCGCAACGCUAAGUCAGCCAAGUUAAUUGAAGUUCCGUGGGAAGGUGCUACAACUGUGGCUGUUCUAUUCGAGAAGUCGUGUAGGAAGCAUUCGAGUAAGCGUUGUCUUGGAACUAGAAAACUAGUUAGUAGGGACUACGUAACAGCAAAGGACGGAAGGAAGUUUGAGAAACUUCACUUGGGCGAGUAUCGCUGGGAGAGUUACGGACAAACAUUUGAUCGCGCUUGUAACUUUGCGUCUGGAGUUGUUAAUUUGGGUCACGAUGUGGAGACUCGUGCUGCUAUAUUCUCUGAAACUUGUCCGGAGUGGAUCAUUGCCUUCCAGGGAUGCUUCCGCCAGAAUAUAACUGUUGUUACGAUUUAUGCUUCUUUAGGAGACGAUGCCCUUAUACACUCGUUAAAUGAGACUCAAGCAUCCACGUUGAUUUGUGACGCCAAGCAACUUAAAAAGUUGGCUACAAUCGGUUCUAACCUGAAAACCAUCACGAAUGUCAUAUAUUUUGACGAUGACGAGACUGCAAUAGAUUCAAGCACUUCUACAACUGACAGCUGGAAGGUGACAUCUUUCUCUGAAGUUGAGAAACUCGGUAAAAGUAAUCCUGUCCAACCAAUAAUGCCUAUAAAGAAAGAUAUCGCGGUGAUCAUGUAUACAAGCGGAAGCACAGGCAUGCCUAAGGGUGUGAUGAUAACUCAUGGCAACAUUGUAGCGACUGCAGCUGCAGUUAUGACUGUUAUUCCAAAAAUUGGAAGCGGUGAUGUCUAUUUGGCGUACCUCCCUCUAGCUCAUGUUUUCGAGUUAGCGGCUGAGACUGUUAUGUUGACUGCCGGUGCUUCAAUUGGUUAUGGCUCGGCUUUGACAUUGACGGAUACAUCUAAUAAAAUCAUGAAAGGGACUAAAGGAGAUGCCUCAGCUUUAAAGCCUACUUUAAUGGCAGCAGUUCCGGCCAUUCUUGAUCGUGUUAAGGACGGUGUUGUAAAGAAGGUGGAGGAGAAGGGAGGAUCUGCCAAGAAACUUUUCAAUAUUGCCUUUAGCCGUCGAUUGGCUGCUAUAGAAGGUAGCUGGUUCGGAGCUUGGGGUCUAGAGAAAAUGUUAUGGGAGGUGAUUGUUUUUAAAAAGAUACGAUCAGUACUAGGAGGAGAUAUCCGUUUCAUGCUUUGCGGUGGUGCUCCUCUCUCCGGAGAUACACAAAGAUUUAUCAACAUUUGUAUCGGAGCGCCUAUUGGUCAGGGAUAUGGCUUGACGGAGACAUUUGCAGGCGCAGCCUUUUCUGAGUCGGAUGAUCCUUCUGUUGGUCGUGUUGGUCCACCUCUUCCUUGUUGCUAUAUAAAGCUAAUUUCUUGGGAAGAAGGAGGUUACACAAUUGCUGAUAAGCCGAUGCCUCGGGGAGAAGUAAUUGUUGGUGGCAACAGUGUUACUGCUGGUUACUUCAACAAUGGCGACAAAACUAACGAGGUGUACAAGGUCGAUGAGAGAGGCAUACGCUGGUUCUACACUGGUGACAUUGGAAGGUUUCAUCCUGAUGGAUGCCUCGAAAUAAUUGAUAGGAAAAAAGAUAUUGUUAAACUUCAGCACGGCGAGUAUAUCUCACUUGGAAAGGUUGAGGCUGCGCUUUCAUCAGGCGAUUAUGUUGAUAACAUAAUGGUCUUCGUAGACCCCUUCCACAAUUACUGUGUAGCACUUGUUGUUCCUUCACAAAAGGUGCUUGAGAAAUGGGCACAGGACAACGGCGUCGAGCACACAGCUUUUUCUGAUUUGUGCAACAAAGUUGAAGCAGUUAACGAGGUCCAGCAAUCGCUUUCAAAGGUAGCCAAAGCUGCAAGAUUGGAUAAGUUUGAGAUUCCAGCAAAGAUCAAGUUGAUACCCGAGCCGUGGACGCCUGAGUCCGGACUAGUCACUGCAGCUCUCAAACUAAAGCGCGAACCUCUAAAGGCGAAAUAUAAGGAUGAACUUCUGAAGUUGUAUCAAUGAAUCAUCAUCAAUCUCAGCGUUGUCUGACUUAUUUAUCUUCUCAUUUAGCCUAAGUUGCGCGGAACUCGUGUUGGAUUCUCCAAAAAUACACUUACCUUUGGCAAAUCCGACACGCAUCCGUUGACAUUUUUGAAGAGUGGUAAUGUCUACGAAAACAUCAGUUUUCCCUGUGCAGUGAAUUCUCACAUCUUCUUUUCCUGUUGUAUUGUAUUUCAAUCAAUUAUGGUAAGGCUAGUGACUCCUUUAAUACAUUGAUGAUGUUCUUCCUA